UACGCGCCAUGGAUGCAGAUGAAGAGGAUAGCGAUGGUGGGCACUGACAAAAACCACUAUUCCAAGAAUUUAAUGAAUUUCAAGAUGAAUAAACGAUUUUUAACUGCCGAUUUACGUGUUGUCUUUAUCUGUCUGGGAUUUUUCACGCAAAUGCUCCUCUCUGAAUGUCCUCAUCUAUGCGAGUGCAAGUGGAAAAGUGGCAAGGAGUCGGUCAUCUGCCUUAACGCAAACAUCUCUUCGGUGCCCCAGCAUCUUGAAGCCGGUACCCAAGUUCUGGAUCUUACUGGAAACAAUCUCGUCACAGUCAAGCACAAUGAGUUCGCGAGAGCAGGACUACCUAAUUUACAAAAAGUCUACAUCUCCAAAUGUCGUCUCAGAAAUCUCGAAAGAUACGCUUUUAGAAGUCUCAUCAACCUCGUAGAAUUGGACAUAAGCUACAACGUCUUAACAUCGAUUCCUUCACAUACAUUCGACUCCAUUCCUGAAUUGAGAGACUUGAAACUUUCUGGCAACCCCAUAACUCGCAUAUUGAAUCAUGCUUUUAUACAUCUUCGACAAUUAGUAAAAUUAGAACUAUCAGAUUGUAAAAUAAAUACUAUUGAAGACGAAGCGUUUCACGGAUUAGAAAGAUCUUUAGAAUGGCUCAAAUUGGAUAACAAUAAAUUACAAAAAGUGCAAUCAAAAUCGAUUACAAUUUUAGAAAAUCUUCACGGUCUAGAGUUGGCAAACAAUCCAUGGAAUUGUUCCUGUACCCUUCGACCACUACGUCAGUGGAUGUUGAGGAAGAAUAUUCCUUUUGGUGUUCCUCCCAUGUGCAGUUCUCCAGAACGAGUAAGCUCAAAACCCUGGGAUAAAUUACAAUUGGACGAAUUCGCUUGCGCUCCAGAAAUUUUAGCUAUAAAUCCGAUAGCGCAUGGUGUCGAAGGUAAAAACGUGACCAUGGCCUGUAGAAUAGCAGGAGUUCCCGAGCCAACGGUACGAUGGAUCCUAAAGAAUAAAGUGAUAGCAAAUCUGUCCGGAACGCCGUAUUCCAACGGAAAAAAAUUGUACAUAGUGCAUUUAACGAACGGAUCUAGUGAUUUAACAAUUUUAACUGUGGAUCUUCAAGAUGCGGGAGUGUAUGUGUGUUCAGCAGAAAAUAAAGCGGGUCGAGCGGAAGCGAGUGUAACCUUGGGAGUUUCUCAAAGGCCUUCGCAUUCGCCUUUAACCGGAAUAUCGGUUAUCGUGAGCCUAGUAACGGCAGGACUGCUAGCACUUCUUGGUUUUGUGGUGGUAGUAUGGGUGUACAGCUUACGGAGUAAAAGGACGCUAGAAUGGCGCAAGCGGAAGUGCGGAAGAGUACAGGAGAAUUACGAAAAAAUUGAACUGAAUCACAAAGUGCCAGGUUCGUCUUCCACAUUAGCGAUGCAGCAGGAAGUGGUGGAUCGACGUCACGGAGACUACAGACUAAUCCCAGGAGCCGAUAAUAAUGAUCAGGUCGAGAAGGAUAAAGAGGGCAACUCUCAAACGGUCGCAGCACCUGUUGCCAAUGGGAAUAACAACGAAGGACAGGUGCCAAGCAGUUGGAGUACUAACGGCUCCAUGAUAACUAGCGAAACCAAAUGGGAAUCGCAGGAAUUAUCACUGUUGGAAACGGAGGACUCUAACAAUCCAAGGAAAGAUGCAAACGGCAGAGACGAUUGCCCGAAGAUCUACAAUUCGAUGUCUGGUACAUAUAAUUACGUCCUAGAUCAGCAGUCUAGUCACGUAUCGUCGAGCAGUUUAAGUUGCCACUUCAUGCGGAAGCAGCCGUACGACAGCUUAUCCCUGCGAACUUCCGGAAACCACGUAAUGACAGGAGACAACGACGACGAAGAAGCGAAGGGCGAAGAAAUAAGCGCGAAAAACUGUAUCGAGUUGAAAAGCCACCGCCAAUUGGACGAUUUGAAGAGUCGUCGCGAUAGCGUCGAAUGCUCGUAUUCGACCACAUUAAGAUGCGGCAACUUCUCGUCCACGUCCGACGUUUACUGCACGUUACCCCGUAAAAUAAGUGACAUUUAUCGAAGGAAGUACUCGUGCCCGGCCACGGAGAGCCAGUCGCCGCUGUUACCGGGUAGCAGCCGCGAAAGUGGCGACGGGUUCGACGAAGGAGGGGUAUACACGUCGGUAAGACGUUUCUCGGAUCCCCACAAAAAUCCCAUCGGACGAGAAAGUUUCAAGUCGAGCAGUUACAUGAACCUCGUAAACGUAAACAGCGAAAACACAAACACCCUCCCCAUUUCCACUUACUACGAUGAGAACGGGACUUAUUCCAUAUACGACUACCAUGCCAAUCAGCUCAAAAAGUUCCUCGAGGAAUACAGAAGUUUACAAAAGGAACUAACGAAAAUGAAAGAGACUUGCGAAAAUAUUGGAAAGAAAUGCACCACCUUAGUCAAUUCUCCCAAUUCGAACCACCAGCAACUACCACAACAAGACAACAGUAAUAACCGCUGUGUUAUUAUACCCAACUAUCUGUCUGACUCUUGUGACUUUGAUAAUGACAAUAUAAAGGUGCGAAACAGCUAAUUAUUGCAAUGAUUAAGUGUCUUGUAUUUUGUUAAUUUGUUUAGGAACUACGUGUUGCAGUUUUAAUUUAAAAAAAAAGGAAA